AAAGACAUAGCCAUGGUGUCCAUUUAUGUAAUAUGGAUCAAGUUCUCAAAUUAUUUAAAUGGGAUACAUGUUGAAAAUAAUAAAAUUAAGACAGGAAUGAUUAUUUCAAUUAUGCUUAGUCAAAGAGGCGAUAUUGGAAGGAUUGCAUUUCUCUUUUUAAAUUUGAAUGAGGUAACCAUAGAUGGUAUAUUAGUGCAAGAUCUGGAGGUAUUAGGACUACUAGUACGGCAGUUAUAUCAUUAA